GUGAGGAAAUGAAGGAGAAAAUUCAGUUAAUCCACAUUUAUAUCAACCGCUGUUGUUAAAAAAUGAAGAAGAUAAAUAAUCUAGGCACAUUGGAUUAUAUAGCCCUAGAUACACAGUGUUUUAAAAUAAGAGGUGAUGGUCACAGCUAAGACGUCUUUUUGAACCUGUAGGUCUGCUUGUUCAGGAUUGAAGGGAGUUUAAAGGACAUCAACGUCAGGAGCAGCUUUUGAAAAUUCAGAAAAACAAAAGAAAUUUCUAAAUUAUCAGUAUGGCAACACCAUAUCGAUUACCGUCCAAUUACAUGAGACAGCAAGGCAAUUCUGGCAGACACUUUGUUGGACGACAUGAUGAGAGGGAAAAACUGAAGAUCUUGAUCAACGAUGAAGAUACACAAAUAAUACAAGUUUAUGGACUGCCUUAUGUUGGCAAAACGAGUCUUGUGAAAACUGUCUGUCAAGAAUUGAAGGAUGAAAUCAACCCCGAAAGACUCCACAUAAAACACAUCCAUAUUUCUAAUAAUAGCAGUUGGUCUGAUAUUUCCAACAUGUACAAUACAUUCACCAAUUGUUCCAGUAUCACCAAUACGAAAUGGAAAAUUUGUAUUUUUGAUGAUUUCCAGAACAUUCAAGAAAGCUUCCUUCCAGGUUUCCAGGAGCUUUGCGACAAUGACUUUCCACUGCACAUAAAUCUAAAAAUCAUUUUCAUAUUAAGUGGUGGAAAACCAUUUCAGUUUGAUGGAAUCAGGUUUGGAGAGUGUAAAGUGAGUCCAUUGUCCAUUAAAGAUGCCCAGCUUCUUUUCAGUCGCUGUUCAGACAUUGAGACGGAUGAUGAGAACAAAGAACAAAUACACAACAUCAUCAGAUAUGCCUGUGGCCUGCCAGGACUUCUUAUUUACUUUGCAGAAAAAUUCUCCCAGUUUCAUCAUCAUUUAUCUUUUGAUGAUAUCUACAAAAUGAUUUGUGAUGAAACCAAGCUCAAUGACUGGCUGGACGAAUGUACAAUUAACAGACGUAAUAUUAAGCAAGAAAUGGACAAGUACUUUUCUCAACUCUCUCUCGAACAGCAAGAUGCUAUCAAAGUGCUUUCAUAUUUUCCUGGAAGAUUUGGUAUUGAGGAAGCUGUUGAAAUGACUGGUUCUUCUAGUCAACCAGCUUCCAAGAUGCAUGUUUUGAUGCCACUUGUCGAACAAGGUUUGAUCAGUUCAGAUUUAGAAUUACAGAAUUUCCAAGUGCAAGAAUUAAUACGUGCAAUUACUAAACAACAGAUUGACAAUGUACACAGCAAUGAUUUGGUAAAGCUCAGAUAUACAAACAUUAUUGGGAAAAGUUUGAUGAAGGCUCAAGAUAUUUAUGAUAAAGGCCUCAUAUAUGAAGCACUCGGAAUAAUGAACAACAACUGGGAAAAUAUUUCGUUUCUGAUGAAGAAAGGGAUUGAAGCACCCUCAGAUGGUAGGACAUAUGGAGUUUAUUAUGAGAUAACAUUAAAAGCCUCAGAUAUACUGAUGCUAUGUCACCCUAGAGAUUCAAGGCAGUUUUUCCAAGCAUGUCUACAAAACUCCCUGUUAUUUGGUAAUGAAGAAGAACAAGCGUUUAUGAAUAUAGCAUAUGGUGUAUCAUUGACAGAUUUACCAGGUUAUGGAGAAUACAAAGAAGCCAUGGAGCACUACAAGAAGGCUUUGGAUGUAUUGAAAUCGAGAAACAUCCAGUACCGACAGGUGCUGCUGUACAAUAGCAUGGCAGACAACGCUCAUAUGCGGGGAAAUCAUGUGGAAGCCUUGAAUUUUGCAGAAAUGGGUUACAACAUGACCGUUAAUGAUGCGAGCCCACAGAUGGUGCAGGAUGCGAAGAUCAAAUGUGCCUCUGACCUGGCCUACAACCUCUCAUUUGUUGGUAAUAACUGUAUUAUGUCUCUCAUGGCGGUGAUGGUGGUGGUGGUGGUGGUGGUUUUAUUUGGCCCCAGGUCAGCACUUGUUAAGCAGAUCUAUGAUCAAACGUCUACCAGCUGUAAAAAGUCAAUCCUUUUUCUUAUGUGUAGGGAAACAAGGGGUACAUUGUCUAAUGUGCACUUUUAUUAAUAAGGCAGUGAUUUGCAGGGGAAAUUUUGAUUGUUAUCUAUUUCUAGCAAGUUGAGUAACCGCAUACAGGCUUCUUUGUUGAUUUGCAGUUGUGGUCAUGUGUAAUAUGUGACAGAAUGUGGUUUGUGUCUGGUAAUAGUUGCCAUGAGUGGAGGCGCAGGUCUUAGUGUUAGACUCAUGAUCAUAAGAUUGUGGUUUCAAUUCCUGGAGUGGGCGAUGUGUUGUGUUCUUGAAUAAAAUACUUCAUUUUCUCAUUGCUCCAGUCAGCUGGCAAAAAGUGAGUAAUCCUGCAAGGUACUGGUGUCCUAUCCAGGAGGGAAAUAUUUACACCAUGGAAACUGGGAAACUGGCCUUUAUGAGUCGGUGUGAUGGUGUUGUUGUUUUUGUUGUUUAGUCAGGGGUCUUUCUCCUGACUAUACGCAUGUCUGACACGUAGGUAAACCGACUGCAAGACUAGUUACAAUCCACAAACCCAUAGCCCAACAUGUACCAUGUAUGCAAAGCUGAAGACUACAUUAUAGAUUCUGUCAUGUGGUUGUUAAGUGUAUGUGGACAUGAGGGGAUGCUGAGAAAGUUCCUGGCUUUGAGUUAAGGAAAGUGCAGGAGGAUCAGUCAAUUAUGAUUUUACUCAACAUAUUCCCCUCACAGAUUCUCACAUUUGCUGCAGAGGUCCUUCAGUUUUUCUAAGUCCUGUAAAAGAAUUUAGAAAGUUGGGCCCCCAACUAGGUCUUUCACGAUAUCCUUAAAGCCAGGAACUUUCCAGCACCCCCUCAUAAAACAUGUGAUAAUGUACGCACAAGAGGACGCUGAAAAGUUCCAAAUUUUGGGUAAAAAAAAAUAGAGGAGGAUCAAUAAAUUAUGAUUUUAUUGCCAGGUGGUUGGUGUUAGGACAGGAAUCCAGGUGUAAAAACUGUGCCAAAACACACAGAAGUCUAGCACAGGCUCAUGCCUGGUCAGCUCCUAUCAAACAUUCCAACCCAUGCCAGCAUGGAAGGUGGACUUUAAAUGAUGAUGACGAUGACAAUGAUAUUCCCCUCUCAGAUUCACACACCUCCUGCAGUCGUCCUUCAGUUUUUCUAAGCCCUGUAAAAGAACUCAGAAUGUUGGACCUCCAGCCAGGCCUUUCUCGAUAUCCUUAAAACCAGUAACUUUUCAUCACCCCACUUAGAUGAACAUGUUUGUCUUUCACCUGUCCAGGUGUACCAAAGGUAAGUGUGUUUAUAUACUCAUACAA